ACACAUUCACACGCGCGCGCACUCACACACAAGCACACAUACAUGCGCGCGCAGACACACAAGUACAACCACAGUGGCGGCGAGCGUGAUGUCGUCGAUGUCGAUUCCGUCCUCAGUGUUCGUAGGUGUCGGUCGUGUAUCCGCCUCGUACAUGUUUCUAAGAUAAAAGUAGUGCAAAUGGUUUUGUUCUGAUUUGCUUAUAUUUUUCUACUCUGACAGAAGUAAGUAAGAAAUACGUUUGUGCCUGUUUUUUAAUUUUCUUCAGUGACGGAAUACCCACACGCGAUGAUCGACAAUCACGUCCACAGGGUUAUUGUCGUGGUGUUUUUCGGCAGUGAAUAAAAGAGACUUCGCAAACGGGAUAAAUAAUAAUAUUUUUAUACUCUAUUAUUAUUGAACGUGUGCUGCGUGUGUUAGUGUUUUUGAGUUCGAUUGUAUAAGAGACCGUUAGUGUGUGUGUGUGUGUGUGUGUGCGUGUAUUGCCGCUCACACUAUGGAAGGUAACGGGGUCGGCAAAGAUUGCAAUGCCCUCGGCGGAUUAUUCCAGCAGAUCGUCAUGGACCUGAAGAAUGGAACUCCAAUGUGGGAAGACUUCAUGGCAAAAGCCACAAAACUUCAUACAUGUCUUCGAGCAACUAUUCACGCUAUCGGAGCUUAUCUAGAUGCUUUUCAAAAAAUUGCUGAUGCUGCCACUAAUGCCAGAGGCGCUACUAAAGAAAUCGGAACUGCAUUGACCAGAAUGUGUCUUCGUCAUAGAGCUGUUGAAGCUAGAAUGAAAACAUUUUCAAGCGCAAUAAUGGACUGUUUGGUGGUUCCGCUUCAAGAGAAACUAGAAGAUUGGAAGAAGACUAUUGUCAAUCUAGACAAAGAGCAUGCUAAAGAAUAUAAAAAAGCAAGAGCUGAGUUAAAAAAACGCUCUACAGAUACACUGCGCUUACAAAAAAAAGCACGCAAAGGUGCUAAAAUGAAUGAACUGCAUAAAGCCUUGCAAGACGUUUCUGAUAGAAAAGCUGUACUGGAAGAAACAGAGAAAAGAGCUGUCCGUGAAGCAUUAAUCGAAGAACGAAGUCGAUAUUGUAUUUUUGUAACAAUUUUGAAACCAGUCCUUGAAGAAGAAGUGGCCAUGCUUAUGGAAUUAUCCCAUUUACAAGAAGUUAUGGAUAAAUUAGAAGCACACACCACUGAGCCAUACUCUUUACCUCCAGCUAGUGAACAGGUGCUGGUUGACUAUAAAGGUAGUGAAAUGUCAUGGACACAUCAAACACCUCCCAGUAGUCCCAGUUCGUUGGGUUCACGUAAAUCCAGUAUGUGUUCCAUCAAUUCAAUAAACAGCUGGUCUAGCGGCAGUACACAUUCUCCAAGCCAUCAAUACUGGAGCCGCUCAUUGCUUCAGCCAGCAUCGAAUGAGCUACGCUACAAAGGACCUUUACCUCCUAGUAGAUUAUGCAGUGCUUCAUCUCAUGAUUCAGGGUUUACAUCCCAAGACACAAUAUAUACAAAACAACAAUCAUAUUCAAAGGCCCCUAACUCAUCAGAUUCCAAUAGUAGCAGUGCUGGAAGCAGUACACCAUCUACACCAUUUGCUAGUUCUGAAGGUGGAUGUGGCACAUGGCCCAAUGCUCAGGAAACAUUACAAUUUGAACGUGCUGCGUCAGCCAUUAUGAAUGAUGCAAGACCACAUACUAUUUCAGGUGGUGCCCACCAUCUACGACCAGCUCUUAGCGCUUACACAUUUCAACCUGAUUCUUCUUCUAUUGAUAAAACUCCCGUUGUCUCACCACAAGACGAUUAUGCUCAUGUCCCUGAUGUCCCAUCCAGAGAUAUGCAUAAAAGUUAUAAACCAACCUCACUAAAAACGAUUGAAUAUAUUCAACCAACAUAUGUCAAUAUGCAUGAACUGGCUAAUAUGGCUGCCAACAAAGCUCAAGAAAGAAAUUCACUCCACAAUGAGUCUUCAUCAAUUAAUGAUGGAGAACGAAAGGAGAGCACUAGUGAAAGUUCUCUGGAGUCUUCAAGCGGCUACAGUAGUCAAACAGCAAUAUCAAAUGCCACUCCAGAUGAAGAAGUGGAAAAUUCACUUUUGAAAUAUUGUACUUUGGAUAGUCAAAAUAGUAUUACCAUCAAAGAACGUGUACGGCCUGUAUCUACAUUGGGUUAUUCCAGUCUCAGAAGUGGUACACUGUGUCGUCGUUCUUCAAUUCAAAGCAACAAGCCACCUCCACCAAUACGCCGCACACCAUCUAUCUUAAACAAUUCAGUUCAAAACCUUCCCCCUCCACCCCCAUUUUUGCUGGAUAUUGCUGCAGAACAACGUCAGCAAAGUCGUUCACAAACAUCUUUAACAUCUGAAAAAGUAUAUUCUGAACCCAUGACACAUCAACGUAAAUCAUCUGGUGGAAGUGUGGCCGAAACUGUACGUAAUCUAACUCAACUUAAUCAUACACCUGCAAGUCCUAUUUUAUUGCGCCGCACACCUAGUAAUCGAUCAACAAGUGCUGAUCGCUGUAAUAGCCAUUCAUCUGAACCAGUUACUGGGUUUAUGGCAGCUAUAGGCUCUAGACUACUACAACAGCAACCUAGAACAUCAGGCGGUUCUCCUAAAUUAACCAGACGUUGGAUUGCUCCUGCUAGACAUUCCGUUGUGGACCCAGCCACAUGUCAUGAUUCACUGAUGGAACAAAUAAGGAAAGGUAUGGUGUUAAGAAAGUCUAUUGCUGUCAAUGACAGAUCAGCACCUAAAACUAAUUAAGAGUUAAUACAUCAAGUUAAUAUUGUUUUCUCUUUGAAUAUUAAUAAUAUUUAUAAUUUUAUUUUGUAAUACUUAAUCAAUUUAAUUUAAAUA